AUGCAGAUGCUCACCAAGUUCGAGAGCAAGUCCCCGAGGGUAAAGGGCAUUGCCUUCCACCCCAAGCAACCCUUACUCGCGGCCUCUUUGCACAAUGGCACUAUCCAGCUUUGGAACUAUCAGAUGGGAACAUUGGUGGACAGAUAUGACGAGCACGAUGGACCUGUGCGAGGCAUCUGCUUCCACCCCACCCAGCCCAUCUUUUGCUCCGGUGGUGACGACUACAAAAUCAAGGUGUGGAACUACAAGCAGAGAAAGUGCCUCUUCACUUUGACUGGGCAUCUCGACUACGUCCGAACCGUCUUCUUCCACCGAGAGUACCCAUGGAUCAUCUCCGCCUCUGAUGAUCAGACCAUUCGAAUCUGGAACUGGCAAUCUCGAACCUGUAUUGCCAUCUUGACCGGCCACAACCACUACAUCAUGUGCGCCCAGUUCCACCCCUGGGACGACCUUGUCAUUUCCGCCUCCAUGGAUUUGACUGUCCGAGUCUGGGACAUCUCUGGCUUGCGCAAGAAGAACCAGGCUUCCAAUGCCCCCCUCUCUGCCGAAGAACAGAUCGCGCGCGCCAGCCAGGGCCAGGCAGACUUGUUUGGCAACACCGAUGCUGUUGUCAAGUAUGUCCUUGAAGGUCACGACCGUGGAGUCAACUGGGCCACUUUCCACCCUACCCUCCCCCUGAUCGUCUCUUGUGGUGACGACCGACAAGUCAAGCUCUGGCGAAUGUCCGACACCAAGGCCUGGGAAGUCGACAGCUGUCGUGGGCAUUUCAACAAUGUCUCGAUGACCUUGUUCCACCCCAAGCACGAAUUGAUCCUGAGUGCCAGUGAGGACAAGACCAUUAGGGCUUGGGAUAUGACAAAGAGGACUGCGGUGCAGACGUUCAGGAGAGAGCAUGAUAGGUUCUGGGUGUUGACUGCGCACCCCAACCUCAACUUGUUUGCUGCUGGCCACGACAAUGGUCUCAUCGUCUUCAAGCUCGAGCGAGAGCGUCCUCCCUUCUCCCUCUCCGGCAACCAGCUCUACUAUAUCGACCGCAAGGUCAUCCGCAUGGGCGACCUCGGUACAGCCACCAACCAAGGCCUCUGUUCGGUCCGCAAGUUUGGCUCGCAAUACAUUCCUCCCCGUACCCUGAGCUUCAACCCCGCCGAGCGUGCCGUCCUCGUCACCUCUACCGCUGAAGGCGGCAUCUACGAGCUCAUCACGCUCCCCAAGCCCGGUGCGCCUACAUCGAUGGACGGUAGAGAUGUGCCUUCUGAUGGCAAGCGGGGUACCGGGUUCUGUGCGUUGUUUGUUGCUAGGAACAGGUUUGCGGUGCUCGAGAAGGGUGGACAGACGAUCGAGAUUAAGGACUUGACCAACACCACUACCAAGACGAUCAAGUGCCCUGUACAGACCACUGAAAUCUUCUACGGCGGUACUGCUUCGCUCUUGCUCGCCACCCCUUCUUCCGUCGUCUUGUUUGACAUUCAGCAGGAAAAGAUCCUCGCCGAGUUGACCACUCCUCCCGUCAAGUAUGUCGUCUGGAGUCCCGACGGCAACUCUGUGGCUCUCUUGAGCAAGCACACCAUCACCAUCGCCAACAAGGCUCUUGCCCAGACCGCUCUCAUCCACGAGACUAUCCGGAUCAAGUCUGCCGCUUGGGACGACAGCGGUGUCCUCAUCUACACCACUCUCAACCACGUCAAGUAUGCUCUUCCCCAGGGCGACAACGGUAUCAUCAAGACGCUCGAGCAGCCCGUCUAUCUUACCCGAGUCAAGGGCUCUGUGGUGUAUUGCCUUGACCGACGUGCCAAGCCCCAGACCAUCACCAUCGACCCCGCCGAGUACCGAUUCAAGCUCGCCCUUACGCGAAAGAACUAUGAUGAAGUGCUCCACAUCAUCCGCACGAGCAACCUCGUCGGCCAGAGUAUCAUUGGGUACUUGCAGAAGAAGGGAUACCCCGAGAUUGCUCUGCAUUUCGUCCAGGACCAGCAAACCAGGUUUGACCUCGCCAUCGAAUGCGGCAACCUUGCUGUUGCGCUCGAGAUGGCCCGGGCGGUUGACCGAAAGGAAGCGUGGGACAGGUUGGCCGCUGCGGCUUUGCAACAGGGCAACCACCAGAUUGUCGAGACUGCGUACCAAAAGACACGCAACUUUGACAAGCUGUCCUUCCUCUACCUCCUCACGGGCAACACCCAGAAGCUCGGCAUGAUGGGCGUUAUUGCGGCCAAGCGAGGCAACAACAUGUCUCGAUUCCAGAACUCGUUGUACUUGGGCGACGUCAAGUCGCGCGUCGAGGUACUCAAGAGUACUGGACAGUACCCUCUUGCGUACUAUACUGCCAAGACGAAUGGAUUGGACGACACGGCGUUGGAGAUUCUUGAAGAGGCUGGUAUCACGGAGGAAGACUUGCCUCCUCCUCCUCAGAACUCCGGCCACUCUUGCAUCGCCCCUCCCCCCGUCGUCUUCCCCCAGGAGACCUCCAACUGGCCACUUAGGGACCUCGGAGACAGCUUCUUUGACCGCGCGCUUGCCAACGGCGGUAUCGACGCUGGCGCCGAAGAGGCUGGCGAACAGCUGGACGCUUGGGCCGCUGGUGACGAAGCUGCUUCAUCGCGAGCUGAAGAAGAUGACGAGGAAGAAGGUGAUGAAGAUGAAGGAUGGGACCUUGAUGCGGAUGUGCCGGUCGAGGAGGAGGAGGAGGAGGAAGAGGUUGAGCAGGAUAUCUUGGUCGGUGAGGAGGCAGAGGCUGAUCUGAGUCAGGGUGUAGAGGCUGGCGUGAGUGAGGAUGAUUUGUGGGUGAGGAAUUCGCCUUUGGCGAUUGAUCAUGCUGCUGCGGGAGCGUUUGAAUCUGCCAUGCAGCUGCUCAACCGACAAGUCGGUAUCGUCAACUUUGAGCCGCUCAAGUCUGCAUUCCUUCAAGCCUACCAAACGUCCCACGUCUACAUCCCCGCCAACGCCUCCUUACCGCCUAUCCGAUACAAUGUCCGCCGCGAUCCCGAAGCUACCGAGAUUGGCCAGCAGUUGCCCGCGAUUCCCUUUUCUUUGGAAGACAUCAAGGCAAAGGAAGUGUCAGAGGCAAACAAGGCGUUCGGCAGGGGCAAGUUUGUAGAGGCGCUGGCUGGGUUCAGGGCGGUGCUGCACAAGGCUUUGGUGGUUGUCGUCGAGACUGAUGGAGAGGCUGAAGAGGUUGCCGAGCUUGUAGAGCUUGCUCGAGAAUACGUUGUCGGUCUCACUCUUGAAGUCGAGCGUAGACGGAUUGCGGCCGACCCUGAAAACGUCGUGCGCAACCUGGAGCUUGCUGCCUACUUUGCCAACUGCAAACUGUCUACUGCGCACACCCAGCUUGCUGUGAGGAGCGCCAUGAAGGUGUUUGCCGAGGCGGGCAACAAUGCGACGGCGGCGGUGUUUGCGAGAAGAUUGGUGGAUGCUGGUGUUGCCCAGGCUCAGGCUUUGACUCAGGCUCGAGCUGUCAUUGCUCAAGCUGACCGGAACCCCCGGGACGCGCACGAGAUCAACUUUGACAAGUUUACACCCUUCGACGUGUGCCCCGCAUCCCUCACGCCGAUCUACCAAGGCUCACCGGCCGAGGUGAGCCCGUAUAGUGGGGCCAAGUACCUGCCAGAGUACAAGGGGACCAUCUGUGUGGUGGACGGGCUGAGUCGGGUAGGUGCUGGGGGCAGUGGGCUGAGAAAUAAGAUCUAG